GACGCUUUGGAGGCAAACAUGACAUCUGCAGCAUUUUUUACACGGUUGCUUGGAAACAGUUAAUUUUCAAUAUACACCAAAAACCUGAUAGAGUUUAAUAAAUGUGUCUUUAAUUGCAAUAAGGUGGUGAAGCCGGUUAGCGUUUGAUUUCAAUGGAAACUAAAGUGAAAGUGGUGCUGCAUGCUGUUCCUCCUUAUGGACACAUCAUAGCCAGCGAGAAGUGGAGACACACAACACUUAUUCAAAGUUUAAAGGCUGGAAGUGUGAAGAUCCUCUUUGAGAACGAGCUCGGUGUUGCAGAUUUCCACCUUCCCAACAAAAGCUGCAUCCUGUACGUGUCCGAGUGUGACAUCAUAGCAGGAAGCAGCUACAAGAGGAAGCUGGUUCGCUACAGAAAUGCCAGCAGCAGCCUCCAGCAGCUGGUGUUGGUGGAGAAAACCAGACUGAGCGAGCAGUACUUCUCCGCUGUCCAGAAGUUCGUAGUGUUCGAUCUCGGCCUGACUCUCCUGCCGGUCAGCGGGCAGACUGAGGCCUCACAGCUCAUCAAUCAAAUGGUCAACAGCGACGGCAGAGACAACCCCUUCAGGAGGAGGAGUGCUUCUCGGCUGUUGGAUCCUGUGGUCCUGGCCCUAGUGCAGCAGGUCCCGGGGGUGGGAAGGGUCAAAGCUCUGGCUCUGCUGCAGCACUUCUCCAGCAUCCAUCAGCUGUGUAACGCUGACCCGUCAGAGCUGGAGUCCGUCGUGGGUCAAGCUGCCGCUCAGCACAUCCACAACUUCUUCCACCGACCCACCGCUGCUGGGAGCUGAAGGCUGGCCCUGCUGGGACGUUUGGAUCUGAUGAUGAUGAUGAUGAUGAUGAUGGUCAACUUAAACAUGAUCUCUGCUGCUUCAGGAUGUGAGGAGCUUUAACUGAAACUUUCACAGAAGCAUUUUGUCUCAUAUGGACAUUUUUUUUAAGUGUUUAAGUGAUGAAAAUGAAUAUUUGUCCUGUUAUAAGUGUAGAAACUUUAGGAAUUAUUUAUUUACUGUCGAUGUCGUUUUGUUAAUUUACUGACUUCUAAACGUGUGUGUGUCUGUG